AUGCUGGAGUAUCUUGACGACUCCGCAUCUCUUACCUCAGCAAUCACUCGCGGCGACAACCAAACCAGCCACAGGGCUGAGCUCACCGGAAGCUCAGACAACAACACUACAAAGAUGUCUUUCGAAAUCAUACUCCCAAAGAUUGACAAUCCCGAGCAGUAUGAAUAUCUACCGGGUCACUUCACGGCGCACCGCGUUCUCGGAAUUGACACAACGUCCAAUGAGCGAAGGCUCACAGUGCGAAUGAAAAGUGGCGAACUUCUGACAAUGACCGUCAAUCGCCUCAAGAACCAAAGCAAUGGCUCCCAAGCACUUCGUGAAUUCCAACAAACGUUCCGUGAAUCACAGAGCCCGGAUCCUAUCGCCUUGCACAGGCCACGCACUUUGAGUCGCUUUGGCGGCGAUGCACCUGACGACAGUGAUUCUGGCAUAGAUUGGUCGGUUGGCUUCGGAGGUCCCAGGGCUAGGCAGCGGCGAGCAGCAACAGGGGCCUCAUUUGCAGCGUACUAUCACAGUGACGACGAAAGCGAAGAUGACACUAAAAGUGGUUUUGAAUACGAUGAACCCUCAGACGAUGAAAGUGAAGAUAUUGAAGAUGGUCAUGAUGAAGAUGAUGAACCAAAUGACGGUCGUCGCCGCAGGUUGAGAAGGCGCGCGAAGAACAGAGCUCUUAUCCGGGGAUCUUCUGAAGGGUCGUUUGCCUCCACAAAGGGAACACGAGCUUCAAUUCGCGUGCGAAAGUCCACUCGAGGCAAUCUGCAAGAACGAGAUGAGAAUGACGAAUAUUCGGAAUUCGAAGAAGCAGCAAAGCCCCUGAAGUACUCCGGCGCGAAGGAAACCUUCCAUGCUCUUCCGGAAUACGCUGAAUUCAGAGUUCGUCACAACGAAGCCUGUAAGCUUUGCGAUGGUUAUGAUGAUAAUACUGAAAAAGGACCAUUGGUGUUCUGUCAGGGUUGCACCUCAACCUUCCAUCAUUCUUGUCUUGGACCUCGAUCAGUUCGGAAACAUUUAGUCACCAAGGUUGACGAGGGCGUAUUCGUUCUUCAAUGCAGCUAUUGUGUGGGAGCUGCCACAGAACGACAUGACCUAGUUCCUCACUUAGGCCACUGCGUUGUGUGCAGGACGGAAGGCCCUAUGUCAAAGCCUUUGCGACAGCGUCUUACACCUCGGGAAGAGCAAGAACUGCGACAAGCGAAUGGUGGCACCGACCCAAUCACCACUAUUGAUAUGUCCCGUGUGAAUAACAUUGACAACAUCAUGGUCAGGUGCACCACUUGCGAAAGAGCAUUCCAUUUCAAUCAUCUUCCAGGUGAUGGCGAACAAGACCCUACCCAACUUCCUAGUGACGGCUGGCAAUGCAAGGAUUGUUCCGAUACCCCUGCUGACAUAGGUAGUUUGGUCGCAUGGCGGCCUAUUGACCCCAAUUCCAAGAACAACUUAGUUGAAAUCAAAGCAGAGAUUGAUAAAGAAUACCUCGUCAAGUGGAAAGGCAAGUCCUAUUUCCGUGCCACCUGGAUGCCCGGAGACUGGGUCUGGAAAAAGGCCGUCACGGCAACGCUCAAAUCAUUCUUCCGGCAUCCCAGGGCUAUCAAACCCAUUCGGACCACCGAGGAGGCAAUUCCCGAAGAUAAUCUGCGAGUUGACGUCGUGUUCAAGGUAAAAUACUUGGAUGAGGCCAGGCUCCCUGACGAUACAACAAAUCCCAAAAUGAUCAAAACUGCAUAUGUCAAGUACAAAGGGUUGCCUUAUGAAGACUCGGUUUGGGAAGAACCUCCGAGUGACACGGAACGAUUGGAAGACUUCAAGAUAGCUCUUGAUGACUGGGUUCUUCGAGACGAGAUUCAUCCUCCACAGCUAAGCGUACUCAAGAAACGUCUUGUGGUUGCCCGUUCCAAGAACUUUGAAGAGAGCCUCGUGUUGCGAACACAGCCAGCGCUUGUUAUCGGAGGUGAACUCAUGGAGUACCAAAUGGACGGUGUAAACUGGCUUUACUACAUGUUCCUUCAGCGAACAAAUGCUAUUCUUGCUGAUGACAUGGGACUUGGAAAAACCAUUCAAGUUUUAACUUUCUUCGCGGCUUUGAUUGAAAACCACGAGUGUUGGCCGUUCUUGGUCGUCGUUCCCAAUUCAACAGUCCCGAACUGGCGGCGCGAGAUCAAGACGUGGUCACCCAAGGUCAAGGUUGUCACAUGGUACGGAAGUGCCUUUGCUCGUGAAACCGCCAGGAAGUUUGAGAUGUUCAACGAAAAUGGAGAAAUGUGUUGCCAUGUUGUCGUUGCAUCCUACGAGAGCAUGAUUGACGAUGAUGCAAAGCGUGUUCUUGGUAAAGUCGAUUGGGCCGGCCUAGUAGUCGACGAAGGACAACGCCUCAAGAGCGACAAGACCCUGCUUUAUGAUCGCCUGUAUCAUAUGGACUUCGGCUUCAAGGUUCUUCUUACCGGCACACCCCUUCAGAAUAACAUUCGCGAACUGUUCAACCUGCUGCAAUUCCUUGAUCGCAGCAAAGAUGCCGAAGCUCUGGAGGAACAAUAUGGAGGAGCCCUUGACCGGGAGGCCAUUCGGGAGCUCCACAGCAUGAUCCGACCCUGUUUCCUGCGUCGCACCAGAACAGAGGUCUUGCCUUACCUUCCCCCGAUGGUGCAGAUCAUCAUUCCGGUUUCCAUGUCGGUUGUGCAGAAGAAGCUGUACAAGUCGAUCCUUGAGAAGAAUCCCCUCCUCAUCAAAGCCAUUUGCAAGAGGCAAUCUGGUCCAGUGCCGAAGAAGGACCGGCAGAACUUGAACAACAUCUUGAUGCAGUUGCGGAAAUGCCUCUGUCACCCCUUCGUAUACAACCAAGAUAUCGAGGAACAAACUUAUGAUGUUGAAGAUUCUCACAAGCAGUUGGUCGAAGCAUCUGGCAAGCUGAAGUUGUUGAACUUGAUGCUUCCCCGGCUUCACCAGCGUGGAAACCGAGUCCUAAUCUUCAGUCAGUUCUUGCGGAACUUGGACAUAGUUGAAGACUUCCUCAAUGGGCUUGGGCUGAAGUUCCGUCGUCUGGAUGGAGGUAUGGCCUCAAGAGAUAAGCAGAAGCAAAUUGAUGAUUUCAACGCACCUGAUUCCCGGUACUUUGCUUUCCUGCUGUCGACGCGAUCUGGUGGUGUUGGUAUCAACCUUGCCACUGCAGACACUGUUAUCAUCAUGGAUCCUGAUUUCAACCCGAAGCAAGAUAUGCAAGCUUUGUCGCGUGCCCACCGAAUUGGGCAGAAGAACACCGUUCUUGUGUUCCAUCUGGUGAUGCGUGCGACCGUGGAAGAAAAGAUCAUGCAAAAGGGCAAGAACAAAAUGGCUCUUGACCAUGUGCUCAUCGAUCGUAUGGACGUCGAUGAUGAAGAGGAAGACCUGGAAUCUAUCUUGAAGCACGGUGCUCAGGCGUUGUUUAACGAUGACAAUUCUGCUGAUAUUCAAUACGAUGCCGACUCCAUUGACAAGCUUUUGGACCGGAGCCAGGCUGAACAGACAGAAGAGAUUGCCAAUGAGGCAGGUUCGAGUUCGGCUUCAGGAGAACAGCCACAAUUCAAUUUUGCCCGGGUUUGGCAAAAGGACCGUGGCACAUUGGAUGAAGUAGUGGAGACGGAAGAUGUACCUGUGGAUAUCACGACCUGGGAAAGGAUUCUUCAGAAGCGAGAGCGUGAAGCUCAAGAGGAAAUCAAUCGUCAAGCCGAGGGACUGGGACGAGGUAAACGAAAGCGGGCGAAAAUCAGUUACAACAGUCGUCCGGUGGAAGAAGACUACCGGGGAAGCUCCAGCCCUCCUCCUGAGCCACUUGCCAAAAUGCGCAAGUCAGCCCACGAGGAAGACACUGAAUUCCAGGCGCGUGACAACGACGCCGACGAGAGUGAUUCCGAUGCGGACAUGCACAUGGGUGCCGACAUGGAUGAUCUAGAUAUUGCCCCAAAGGCGCCAUCCCGCGAAUUCCGCCGCGUGGAAUCACCUCCUCCCGUCCGACAAAUGGGUACCGAUGGCGCAUCGGACCUAUACCCUUCAUGUGUUGCCUGCAAGCAACACCAUGUGCCUGGUUCUUGCCCACUGCGCCGAGUGGGAUAUGAAUUCUGCGGACUUUGCGGUGUGGCGCAUUUCUCUAGCCGGCGGGUGUGCCCACACCUGCAGUCCGUAGUCCAGGUGGAGCGGAUGUUGGCCGCGCUAAAGGCUAGCAAGGAGGACUCGGUCCUCAUCAACAGUGCCUAUACGUACCUCUUGGGUGUUUUGUCCUCCACUGCGCAAGCCGAGCGCAAGAGGGCAGCUCAGCUAGCAUACCAUCAGUUAGCGGUCACUCCGGCCUCGCAUCGUCCUGAGGUGGGGCUACAGAUUGUAGACCUAACUGGGGGGAGCACUGCUCUCGAUGGUGAGCCGUAA